AAUUAAUUAAUAUUUUUAUUUUUUUAUAAAUAUUUUAUUCGCUAGCGUAAUAUACCACCACCUGUGCUCUCGAUUUUCUUCUCCUUCGCAUCAACCAGAAAACCAGAAUUUUCCCACACAAACACAAAGCGUUCUGGUUCUGCGUCUUCUUCACGCUGUUCGAGGCGGCAUCUCUGAAUCCGGAUCCUAACUGUUUCGACCGGGCCUAUUCUUCGCUUCUCCAGAUCUGCUUCAGGUUAACUUAGAUCGAGCACUGAUUCAAAGAUCUGCUUAAUUUAGAAGCUUUCUCAUUGAUGUCGAAAAUGAGGAUGCCCACUUUGUACUGGGCUUCCAUUUUGGUUUUUCUUUUUGUCCAUGCUUGCAAUGCGUUUUAUCUGCCUGGUAGCUAUAUGCACACAUAUUCAACCGGUGAACCGAUAUUUUCCAAAGUUAAUUCAUUAACUUCUAUUGAAACCGAGCUUCCAUUUAGUUACUAUAGUCUACCUUAUUGCAAGCCAACAAGUGGAAUAAAAAAAAGUGCUGAGAAUCUCGGGGAACUCCUUAUGGGAGAUCAGAUUGAUAAUUCUCCUUACCGGUUUAGAAUGAAUAUCAAUGAGUCUGUCUUCCUUUGUACUACACCUCCAUUAAGUGAGCAUGAGGUAAAGCUUUUGAAGCAGAGAACCCGUGAUCUGUAUCAAGUGAAUAUGAUUUUAGAUAAUUUACCCGCCAUGAGGUAUGCAAAGCAAAAUGGAGUUAACAUUCAGUGGACUGGGUUCCCAGUCGGGUAUACACCACAGAAUAGCAAUGAUGAUUACAUCAUCAAUCACCUUAAGUUCACAGUUUUGGUUCAUGAGUAUGAAGGGAGUGGUGUGGAGAUAAUUGGUACUGGGGAAGAAGGUAUGGGUGUGAUUUCUGAAGCCGAUAAGAAGAAGGCAUCUGGUUAUGAGAUAGUUGGUUUUGAGGUUGUCCCAUGCAGUGUUAAAUAUGAUCCUGAAGUGAUGUCUAAGCUUCAUAUGUACGACAAUAUCUCAUCUGUCAACUGCCCCUUGGACCUGGACAAGUCUCAGGUCAUAAGAGAGCAAGAGAGAGUUUCUUUCACUUAUGAAGUUGCAUUUGUGAAAAGUGAUAUUAGAUGGCCAUCACGUUGGGAUGCUUAUUUGAAGAUGGAAGGUGCUCGUGUCCAUUGGUUCUCUAUUCUAAAUUCUCUUAUGGUGAUCUUUUUCCUAGCUGGCAUUGUUUUUGUCAUUUUCUUAAGGACUGUGAGAAGGGAUUUGACGAGAUAUGAGGAAUUGGACAAAGAAGCUCAAGCGCAGAUGAAUGAGGAGCUUUCGGGGUGGAAGCUUGUUGUUGGUGACGUGUUCAGGGAACCAGAUUGCUCCAAGCUUCUUUGUGUCAUGGUUGGUGAUGGAGUUCAGAUUACGGGGAUGGCAGUGGUCACAAUUGUUUUUGCAGCCCUUGGUUUCAUGUCACCAGCUUCACGAGGAAUGCUGCUGACAGGAAUGAUAAUCCUUUAUCUUUUCUUGGGUAUUGCUGCAGGCUAUGUUUCAGUACGUUUGUGGAGAACCCUGAAGGGAACCUCAGAAGGAUGGAGGUCAGUUUCCUGGUCAUCUGCAUGCUUCUUCCCUGGAAUUGCUUUUGUUAUCCUCACGGUGUUGAAUUUCAUUCUGUGGGGAAGCAAGAGUACUGGUGCUAUUCCAAUUUCCUUGUAUUUUGUACUUCUGGCCCUGUGGUUCUGUAUUUCAGUGCCACUCACCCUCUUGGGAGGAUUCUUUGGGACACGAGCCAAGGCAAUUGAGUAUCCAGUCCGAACCAACCAGAUCCCAAGGGAAAUUCCGGCACGCAAAUACCCAUCAUGGCUUCUUGUUCUUGGUGCUGGAACUCUUCCAUUUGGAACCCUUUUCAUUGAGCUGUUCUUCAUCCUUUCUAGCAUCUGGCUUGGACGGUUUUAUUAUGUCUUUGGUUUCUUGCUCAUAGUUCUUCUGCUGUUGGUUAUUGUUUGUGCUGAAGUGUCAGUGGUUCUAACUUACAUGCAUCUCUGUGUGGAGGACUGGCGUUGGUGGUGGAAGGCAUUCUUUGCUUCCGGUUCUGUUGCUCUCUAUGUGUUCUUAUACUCCAUCAAUUAUUUGGUUUUUGACCUGCAGAGUUUGAGUGGACCUGUGUCAGCUAUACUCUAUCUCGGCUACUCACUGCUCAUGGCAAUUGCAAUCAUGUUGUCUACUGGCACAAUUGGCUUCCUGAUGUCCUUCUACUUUGUGCAUUACCUUUUCUCAUCUGUAAAGAUUGAUUAGAAGCCUUUAACAUCUUCAGCAAUCAGUUGAGAAGGAAAACUACUCGCACACAAUGCACAUUGUUUUUUGCAUUUGCUAAAUUUUUUAUGAUAGCUGAUCUUGUUGUGCUGUAUUAAAGACUUUCAGAUUAUAUGCUAAAAAUGCAUCAAGGCGUGUUAUAUUUUCUAUGCUUUUGAGUUUAGGACAUGACAUUAGUUUUCAGCUUCACUCGAAAUUAUAGAAACUGGUGGCCCUUCUGUUAUGUAUUAUUUUUUGUUAGUUCUUCCAUUUUAUCAUUGAAAAAAGAAAAGUUAAAUGGCAUUUUCUUUUCUCUAUUA